UGCGUCGAAGAGCAGUUUUCUUCUAACAUUCGAGGUGUGAGCUUAUUGUGAAAAAUGUUGCCAGUUCUCAAACAGACAUGGACAGUAUCAGCAGUUCUGUUAAACAUGUUCGCGCAAGGCAUGCUGCUGAGUUACACCAGUAGUCUGCUGCCGGCCCUGCGAGCUCCAGACUCCGAUAUUCAAAUAGAUCUCAACACUGCUUCAUGGUUGGCUUCGUGCGUCGGAAUAGCUGGAAUACCAGGUUUCUUUAUAUCUGCAUUUCUGAUGAAUUGGAGAGGACGGAAACAGGCACAUGCUAUUGUGUUAAUACCUGGCCUUAUAGGAUGGCUGAUCUUAUAUUUUGCUAACGAUGUGACAACAUUAGCGGUCGGCAGAGUUCUGGGUGGAUUCACUGCAGGUGCGACUGUUUCUUUAGGAGCUGUAGUUAUAGGGGAAUACACUUCACCUAACAAUAGAGGAACUUUCUUGAAUUUAAAAACUGCCAGCGUCUGCUUAGGUGGUUUGGUUAUGCAUAUUUUAGGAACGUUUUAUCAUUGGAGAAUUGUAGCACUUAUGACCAUGGUCCCGUAUUCCAUUUCGUUGGCUAUAAUUUGCACUUGGCCUGAAAGUCCAGCUUGGUUGGCAUCAAAAAAGAAAUACGAAAGCAGUGAAAAGGCGUUCAAAUGGCUGAGGGGAAACAGCGAAGAAUCACGAAAAGAAUUACACGAACUAAUACAAGCCCAGAAAGAGAAGCCAGUGACUACUAAAAAGAUGACAGUGAAAAGCCAAUUAAUACAAGUCUUGUUAAAAUUUACAAAGAGCGACUUCAUUAAACCGUUGAAAAUAAUAAUCGUUAGUGGAAUUUUGAUCGAAGCUUGUGGUCGUCAUAUUUUUCCGGCGUACGCGUCACAGAUCAUUUCAGAAGUGACCGGCGAUACAUCUCAAUCGUUCUAUUAUACUCUGGGUAUUGAUAUAAUUAUAACAGGCAGCGCUACUUUUUCAUCUGUCCUCGUUAAAAUCUACAAACGUCGUACACUAUUAUUUACAUCUGGUUUUUCCGCUCUAUUCGUAUUAUUUUCCGUUUGUGCGUAUCUCUAUCUUGAAUCAAAGAACGUAAUAUCGAGUGGUAAUUCUAUAAUUCCUGUAGUUUUGUUUGUGAUAUAUUUUGUGUCGGUUAAUUUAGGUUGUACAGCUAUACCUUUAGCUUUGUGUGGUGAGGUUUGGCCCCUUGCACACAGGGACGCGGGCACAGCUAUUUCAGGUCUAGUAUUAUCCCUUGCAGUCCUUAUUGGAUUGCAAGUUACACCGCAUUUGUUAGAAAGUAUUAAAGUUUAUGGGACAUUCGCUGUUUUCGGAUCAGUAAUGGGUUUAGCUUUAGUAAUCUUGUAUUUUAUUUUACCAGAGACAAAAGAUAGAACAUUGCAAGAGAUUGAGGAAUACUUUAUCUAUGGUAGAUACAGAGAUGAACAUAAAACAAAAGAAGAGGCUAAAAUGAACGUGGCCAGUGAGAAAUUGUUGAAGUUCUCUCACACCGAUAAACUCAAAAUGAAUGACUGCGAUGUAGAAUCAAAAAUGUAAAUUAUAGAUCUUAAAAGCUAUCGGAACCGGAAACGAGUGAGCAGAAGUCAAACUAAAUUAUGACAGCUCACUAGCGCCCCCUGUCAACG